AGACCGAAUAUAAUUUUUAAAAUGAUUAUUCGUUGCGGAUUGCAUAUACGUUGAAAGAUUUAUGGUAACGAAGAACCUCUGUCACAUUUUUAUUAAGAAAUGAGUGUUCACAUGUGAAAGUUUAUUGACUGCUGAUUGCUUCCUUUAUUGUUUUUAUUAGUAGUAUUUAUAAGGAAAUGACUUUAUUAUUUAUUAUUUUGUCGACUCUUCUGUGGUCACGCUCAUCAUUUACUGAAUCGCUGAGCUUAACCGUCUCAGCGACAGCGGACGCGUCAUCUUCUCACCCGCGCAUCAACCUGUCAUGGGCUGCCGUCCAGACCUUUGUUGAGGUCACGGUCGCCUGGCAGCAAUGUACUUAUUCAGACCAGAUGACGUGCCGGGAACUGGGACGCCAAAAAUUCUUAGACCCGAACUCCAGUUCGCUUCAGCUGACGGGCGAAGUGAAGUUCGACUCUCAGUUCCGCGUAGAAGUUAAAGGUUUCGAUGCCUGCGGUCACAUCACAACGACAGAGUCCUACUUCACCGUACCCAGGCCGUCGAAAGAUCUAAACACGAAUCAUGAUCCUCUGUACCUGGUGUUUGGCCCGGUGUCUGCCACCAAUAUAACAGUGGUCUGGCAGCGUCUGUCCACCGGCCAUCACCAGUCCACUGAUGGUCAGGGCCACGCGUCCUUCAAAGUCUCGUGGAGGAGGGUGGACGGGGCCGUGGGCCACCCCGGCCACGAGACCGCAGCCCUCGUCUCGAGCAGACACCUCGUCCGGGGACUGAGACCUGCUACGCGUUACGAAAUUUGCGUGACUGACCAGCGGAGGACCGAGCACAGCACGCGGUGUGAUGUGGUGCACACGUUGGAAGCAGCACCAGGACCACCCACACCCGGCGACAGUUGGUGCCGCACUGAGGCGCCAGGCACGCACUGGCGCUGUGACGUCACCUGGGCACCGCCGGAGCAUCCGAACGGAAAAGUCAUCGGGUACUCGGUGACGUGGCAGGACGAGGAAGGCUACUCCCUGCAGGAGCAGCGGCCGGCAGGGGCGCUGUGCCGGCCGUGGUGCCGACACUCGGCCGUGCUCACGUUCCGGCCUCACGCCGGCUGUGUGGCGGCCGCUACAAGCAGUGGCGAGGGCUGGCAUGCCUGCGUGCUGGUGCAUGACGCUCAGUCGCGCGUGCUGGCAAUGUUCGAGCGCAAGCUGCUCUACGCGGCCGCCGCGACGCUGCUGCUCUACAUCCUGGGACCCAGGCUGCUGGGGGCGGCCCUUGCCUGCUGCAUUCGCGGGCUGGCGAGACACGUCGACCGAGAAAAGAACCAUCUCGUCUGAAGAGAGAAGCA